AUAUCAGAAGGGGGCAGAAGGGGAAACAUCCCCGAUGCUUAUGAGAGCAGCACGGCAGCGGAGGAAGUAACUGAUGUUCACAUUUUAUUGGCUACCAUGUAGCAUCGAUAGCCAGACAAAUAUUUGCCGAACGAGGAAAAGUGUCAUGUGUUGCUGGUCGCUUGGGUCGCAAGAGCGUAAUAAAAUGAUUUGGUGAAAAAGAGGAGGGGACGCUCAGUCGGCAAUAACAAGACGAAGGGAGUCGUCAGAGAGAAAGCGAAGUGUCUUACAUGGAGGCACAUAUCUGCCCUCGCCGGAAGGUUUGGAAAGGGCGCUGGCCUGCUCGUCACCUCUCUUAGCUUAAUUUAGCAUUUUAGCCGCAUUUAAAUGGAUCGGAGUCAUCAGCUAAGCGUAUCCUAGGCCGGGGAAAGGGCGUGUAACGCGAGCGGAUAACGGGGCCAGUUUGUAGUGUGUCUCUUUGAAUUACCGCCCCUCCUUUUUUCCUCUUCCCCUUACCAAGAACCAAAAGUUGUGUCCAACGACUAUCAUUAAUUACAUAAAUUGGCCAUGGGGAAUACACCUUCCUGCUGCGUGGCGUCGAGCCCCAAACACCGGCGGAACAACCACUCCAGACUGGAGCCCUAUCGGCCAGAGCCCGAGCUGAGCCGGGAGGAUACGGGCUGCAACCUCCAGCACAUCAGCGACAGAGAAAAUUUGGACGAUCUACCGAUGGAGUAUAAUCCCUCUGACCAUCCUCGAGCCAGCACCAUCUUCCUUAGCAAGUCCCAGACUGAUGUUGCAGUGCACAACAAGCGAGUUCGAGAAAAGAGGAAGAGCCUUUACAUCAAUCAUUUCACACACAUUUCGGAGAACAAGCAUCAUCCAGGCCCGGUAAGAAGGAAGUACAGCUCAUGUGCUACCAUAUUCCUUGAUGACAGCACUGUCAGCCAGCCCAACCUCAAAUACACCAUUAAAUGCGUAGCCCUUGCAAUAUUCUAUCACAUAAGAAACAGAGAGGUCGACGGAAGAAUGUUGUUAGACAUAUUCGAUGAGAAGCUACAUCCACUGUCGAAGUCUGAAGUUCCACCUGACUACGACAAGCACGACCCUGAGCAAAAGCAGAUUUAUCGCUUUGUAAGGACGCUAUUCAGCGCUGCACAGCUCACGGCCGAGUGUGCCAUUGUCACAUUGGUGUAUUUGGAGAGGCUCCUGACCUAUGCUGAGAUUGACAUUUGUCCCGCCAACUGGAAGCGUAUUGUUUUAGGAGCCAUCCUCCUGGCAUCCAAAGUCUGGGAUGACCAGGCGGUGUGGAAUGUAGACUACUGCCAAAUUCUCAAGGAUAUCACUGUGGAGGACAUGAACGAACUGGAGCGCCAGUUUUUGGAGCUGCUGCAAUUCAACAUCAACGUGCCGUCCAGUGUCUACGCCAAGUAUUACUUUGACUUACGUUCCCUGGCAGAGGCAAACAACCUCAGCUUUCCUCUAGAGCCCCUGAGCAGGGACAAGGCCCAGAAACUCGAGGCUAUAUCUAGGUUGUGCGAUGACAAAUACAAGGACCUGAAGAAGCUAGCAAAGAAGCGGUCAGUGAGUGCUGACAACCUGUCGGUUGUGCGGUGGUGUCCAGCCAUCAUUUCCUAACGAUGGCCACCAGCGGCACCGUGGGAGUGGAACCUGUCAGCGGACUCUGCCUGGUUAGCAGGCAAAAACUAGGCAGGAAGCUGUCCUGUGGAUAUGUGGGUCUGUUUGCCGGAUGGGGCACACAAACACAAUCUGGCACUUUUACAAAGCGAGAUUGCACCUCUCUAGUUGUUGUAAAUAACACUGCACUGAACUGGAACGAGCUGAGUGGAACCAAACUGAAGUGUGUGAGUGCAACAAAAUGAAAAAGUGCAAAAGUUAAGCUGAAAUGCGACAUGUGAGACCAUCGACGUCGGAAGGAAAAGGAGAAUAAGAAAGUAGCAGCAUGGCUACAUUCCUGUCAUUUUAAAUGACCUCCUUCGUUUCUUAGCUUUUUUUUUUUUUUUUUACGAGCUCACAGUUUUAAGUUCAAAAACUCUUCCAGUAUUUUGUUUAUGUAUUUCUGCUCAUUCCCAAUUCAAUACUACACAAGGCUGUGUACAUUCCAUUCUGCAUAUCAGCACCUCUUUAUUGUUUUAUGCAUUUUACACAGUGUUGAUUUAGCUAACAGCUUUACACCUAGCAUUCCUGCUUCAUGAGCCAACAGUGUCAAAGAAAAUCAGUGUUAAACUUCCAUUUGACACUUUGACAGGAAUGGAAAACUUCAAACUUGCGAGUUGCUCGUCUAACUCAGACAUUCCCUUUAAGCAAUAUUCAUGCAUUGCCUCAUUGUUGCAAUUGGGUAGAAUGAAGCAUGCAUACUCGAGGAGGGAGACUCUGGCACCCAUUUCUCAGUCAGAGACGUACUGCAGAGGUCAUGUUGUACUUCAAUCACUGCCAUUGUCCUGACCUGUGGUGCCUGUAAUAACAAAUUUCAACUCCUACACCACUGAGCAAAACAACAAGUAACUAACAAAUAACUUUUUACCCCCACUACAUUUUGUAUGGUUCUUCCUUCUUACGAAACAGCACAAGUCAACAAUCUGUUUUCAGAAGCUACUAAAAACAUGACUCUUCAGGGUAGUUUUAUGUUCUGGAGACCAGCUGAAUUACAUUAUUAAAUGUGAUAAUUAUCUAACACUGCUCACACAGAUUGUAUACGUUUUGCUAAGUUGUCUCUGUAUAGUGUACAUACAGUGCCAUUGUGCAGGAUCUGCGGUUUUACUGUUAGAAUAUUUAUAUUAGAUCUGUUUCUACUGUACAUGAGGUGGACAGCAAUUAUGUGACAAAUCAUUCAAAGAAUCUGAAGUAUAAAGAUUUCAAUGGGAGCUACCCUCAAAGA